AAUUUCGCUCCCGGUCUGAGGAAUAACCGGAAGCGCUCAUCGCUCUGUUCCCAGGCGCAUCUCACUUUUGAUUUGUCUUGUGUGAAAUUUAUCCCAGCUGAAAAUUCCUUGGAUAUAUAACUUACCUGAGAAAAGUUGACGCACAGUUUGGAGAAAACAUUUUGGAUGCUGAGGAUUAUUUUCCCUAACGGCGCAUGUUGGCAGAAAUUCCCUCAUUUUGCUGUACGAUGUCGUUUCUCAUGCAGAAGUGUAGAGAAUCACUCUGAAGCCUCAGGAUGAGAAGAUGGCGCAGACGCUUACUCCACCAGGACCGAAAAGUUUCCGUCUGUUCACCCGUGAGUCUCUCAAGGCCAUCGAGAGCCGGAUCGCAGAGGAAAAUGCCAAGAAGUCGAAAGACAAGCAGGAGAGAAAUAAGGACAAUGGGAAACCCAACAGUGGCCUGGAGGCUGGGAAGAAACUGCCAUUUAUAUAUGGAGAACUUCCUAGAAAAAUGGCCUCCACACCAUUGGAUGACCUGGACCGGUUUUACAGCAGUAAAAGAACUUUUAUAGUAGUGAACAAAAAAAACACCAUUAAUCGUUUCAACGCCUCACCUGCCUUGUACAUCUUCAGUCCCUUCAAUCCUUUGAGGAGAAUAGCGAUUAAGAUUUUGGUGCAUUCAUUAUUUAGCAUAUUUAUAAUGUUCACCAUCUUGGCCAAUUGCGCUUUCAUGACCUAUGCACAACCGCCAGACUGGGCCAAGAAUGUGGAGUACGCAUUCACUGGGAUUUACACUUUUGAAGCACUAAUAAAGAUUGUUGCCAGGGGCUUCUGUGUGGGACAGUUCACAUUUCUUAGAGAUCCCUGGAACUGGUUGGAUUUCAUUGUUAUAGUCAUGGCAUAUGUAACAGAGUUUGUGGAUCUGGGUAAUGUCUCCGCCCUGAGAGCAUUCAGAGUUCUACGAGCCCUGAAAACUAUAUCGGUCAUCCCAGGGCUGAAGACAAUCGUUGGAGCUUUGAUCCAGGCUGUCAAGAAGCUGUCUGAUGUGAUGAUCCUGACCCUUUUUUGCCUAAGUGUCUUUGCUUUGGUCGGACUACAGCUCUUCAUGGGAUCUUUAAGACAUAAAUGUGUGAAAAUCUCACCCAAUUCCACCCUGGAGUCAUUUGGUAAAUGGGCGGAGGACUGUAGCACAAACAUGACAAUGGAUUGCAAAAAUUAUAUUGAUGAUUCAAGUAACUAUUAUGUCCCACCAGGACUUAAAAAGCCUGUGAUCUGUGGAAAAAGCCAUGAUGCUGGGCAGUGUCCAGAUGGAUAUUUCUGUACUAAAGCAGGUUCCAAUCCAGAUUAUGGUUACACCAGCUUUGAUAGCUUCGGCUGGGCCUUUCUCUCCUUGUUCAGACUGAUGACUCAAGAUUACUGGGAGAAUCUUUACCAACAGACUCUUCGGGCUGCAGGGAAGACCUACAUGAUUUUCUUUGUGCUGGUCAUCUUUCUGGGGUCCUUCUACCUGAUAAACCUCAUUUUGGCUGUGGUUGCCAUGGCAUAUGAUGAACAGAACCAAGCCACCAUCGAUGAGGCUCUGAAAAAAGAGGAAGAGUUUAAUACCAUGCUUGAGCAGCUCAGGAGAAAAGGAGACGAAGAGGCGGCAGCCGCUGUGUCCAAUCUUGAGGAACUGAGCGAAGUGACAUCGGACAAUUCCUCCGAUACGUCCAAACUAAGCUCAAAAAGUGCUAAAGAGAGACGCAACCGCAAGAAAAAGAGACAGCGUGAGGGGGAGAAAGACGACGACUUAAAGAAGGAGGGAAGCGUUAAGAGGACCAGCUUCCACAUCACAGCCGACAGAAACAUCCGUCGUUCUUAUGAACGGACUUAUAAUUCUCCAUGUCAGUCCCCCUUGAGUAUUCAGGGUUCAGUUUUAACACCACGGCGUGACAGCAAAUCUAGCGUCUUCAGUUACCGCGACUUCCUGCGUUCAGAAAACAACUACGCCGACGAUGAGCAGAGCAUGUGUGAGGAGACCGAUAGCCGGAGGGAUUCGCCCUUUCUGCUGUGUCAUCCCGAACGUCUCUACAGCACCGUUAGCAACGGCAGUCUGACGCCACAUUUGCUGCGACCCUCUAACGGAAAAGUGCGAUACGUGGUCGACAGCAAUGGCAUAGUGAUGAUGUCAGGUGAUGGGUCGCAACCCAACUCCCCCUCUGGACUGCUAACGCCAUCCCGAAAAAGGGCCAUGUUUGAAGACUUUGGUGUGGACACGGAUGAAGAAAACAGAGGAAGAUGCAACUCACAGCGCUUUUCGCGAUCUCUUUUACACGACCAAUCAGCACGCAAGAGAGCUCUGAGCAUUGCCAGCGGCUCAAACAACCCUUCUGACUGUAAGGAAACUGUAAACCCUAGACGAACACACUUUGAAGAAACUGAGUCGAUGGACGUGUGGAAGCAGAAGUGCCUGGAUUGGUGGUACGAGUUUGCGGAAAGCUAUCUGAUCUGGGAUUGCUCCCCCACAUGGCUGAAGAUCAAGGAUAUUGUCCACAUGAUUGUGAUGGACCCUUUUGCAGACCUCUUCAUCACUAUUUGUAUUGUGAUCAACACAGUGUUUAUGGCCAUGGAGUAUUAUCCAAUGAAAAACGAUUUUGCAAACAUCCUUUCUACUGGCAAUCUAGUGUUUAUUGGAAUCUUUACAGCAGAAAUGAUUUUAAAGAUCAUUGCUUUGGACCCGUAUACGUAUUUUCAGGAAGGCUGGAAUAUCUUUGACAGCGUCAUAGUCACUUUGAGUCUUCUGGAGCUUUCCCUUCAGAACGUCUAUUCUGGAAUGGGAAUUCUGAGGCCGUUUCGGCUGCUGAGGGUCUUUAAACUAGCAAAGUCCUGGCCGACUCUCAACAUGCUGAUCAAGAUCAUCGGCAACUCGAUUGGCGCCAUGAGCAAUCUGACACUGGUGCUGGCCAUCAUCGUCUUCAUCUUCGCCGUUGUGGGCAUGCAGCUGUUCGGGAAGAGCUAUGGCGACUGCGUGUGUAAGAUUUCCGAUGACUGCACCCUUCCACGCUGGCACAUGAAUGAUUUUUUCCACUCGUUCCUGAUCGUCUUCAGGGUGCUGUGCGGCGAGUGGAUCGAGACCAUGUGGGAUUGUAUGCAGGUGGCAGGACAACCCAUGUGCUUAAUUGUGUUCAUGAUGGUCAUGGUGAUCGGAAAUCUGGUGGUUUUGAAUCUGUUCCUAGCUCUUCUGCUCAGCUCCUUCAGCGCUGACAACCUUACGGUCACAGGCGAGGAAGCUGAAAAAAACAACCUGCAGAUAGCCGUCGGUCGAAUCAAGAAUGCGUUCGCUUUCGUUAAAGUGCGUCUGCACAGUUUCUUCUCGAGCGGCUGUGUGAAAAGGAGGAAGAAGAAAAGGAAAUCGGUGCAUGCAAACGACAGCAAGGAAGUGAACGAUAAUGCCACCCAUACCGCGUUAGAACUGUUGCAAAAAACGACCGAAACAGACACUGCAAGUGAAACUGAGCAUAUUAUCAGCAACCCGAGCUUGACCAUCAGUGUCCCGAUAGCAGAAGAGGAGUCUGAUUUUGAGUGCCUAAACACUGAGGACUUCAGCAGUCUCACCUCGGACCUGGAGGAAGACAAAGAGGAGCUAACUGAUAUAAGCUCCUCCGAGGGUAGCACAGUGGACCUCAGACACCAUGGACAUGUAAAACAAGACGGAGAAGUUUCUGUAGACUUUGACAAGGAGGAAUCUACAGACCCAGAUGCUUGUUUUACAGCCGGGUGUGUCCGGAGAUGCCCGUGCUGCCAGGUGAAUGUUGACAAGGGCUUCUGGAAGACCUGGUGGAUGCUGAGACAGGCUUGCUACAACAUAGUAGAGCAUAGCUGGUUUGAGACAUUCAUCGUCUUUAUGAUCCUGCUCAGCAGUGGCGCUCUGGCGUUUGAGGACAUUUAUCUCGACUCAAGAAAAACAGUAAAGAUCAUACUGGAAUAUGCGGAUAAGGUUUUCACCUACAUCUUUAUUCUUGAGAUGCUGUUGAAGUGGGUCGCGUAUGGAUUUGCCAAAUACUUCACCAAUGCCUGGUGCUGGUUGGACUUUAUUAUUGUUGAUGUUUCUCUGGUCAGUCUGGUGGCCAACGCCCUGGAGUACUCAGAGUUGAGUGCCAUCAAAUCUCUCCGAACACUGAGAGCCUUCAGACCUCUCCGAGCUCUCUCACGCUUUGAGGGAAUGAGGGUGGUUGUGAACGCUCUUCUGGGUGCCAUCCCCUCCAUUAUAAACGUCCUGCUGGUGUGUCUCAUAUUCUGGCUGAUUUUUAGCAUCGUGGGUGUCAACUUCUUCGCCGGAAAGUUUUAUGAGUGUGUAAACAUUACCACAAACGAACGGCUGCCUAUUUCAAUGGUCAACAAUGGAACAGAAUGUGAGCAGAUGAACAAUGAAACCCGCUGGAAAAAUCUGAAGAUUAACUUUGACAACGUAGGAAACGGAUAUCUGGCCCUGCUGCAGGUGGCCACGUUUAAAGGCUGGAUGCCCAUUAUGUAUGCUGCUGUAGACUCCCGUAAUCAACAAGAACAGCCGAAAUACGAAGUGAAUCUGUAUAUGUAUGUGUAUUUUGUAAUCUUCAUCAUCCUUGGAGCUUUCUUCACAUUAAACCUCUUCAUUGGUGUCAUUAUUGACAACUUCAACCAGCAGAAGAAAAAGUUUGGAGGUCAGGAUAUUUUCAUGACAGAAGAGCAAAAGAAAUAUUACAAUGCUAUGAAGAAGCUUGGCUCCAAGAAACCUCAAAAACCCAUACCACGACCAGCUAACAAGAUUCAGGGAUAUAUCUUUGACCUUGUGACCAAUCAGGCCUUUGACAUUUUCAUCAUGGUACUUAUAUGCCUCAACAUGGUCGCCAUGAUGGUGGAAACAGAUAAUCAGUCAAACGAGAUGGAAAGCGUACUGUACUGGAUCAAUCUUGGCUUCAUAGUGCUGUUUACCGGCGAAUGUGUGCUGAAGAUGUUCUCUCUACGACAUUAUUUCUUCACCGUUGGCUGGAAUGUGUUCGACUUCAUCGUGGUCAUUCUGUCUAUAGUUGGAAUGUGCCUCUCAAAUGUCAUUGAGAAAUACUUUGUCUCGCCGACCUUGUUUCGCGUAAUUCGCCUCGCCCGGAUCGGUCGCGUAUUACGUCUCAUCAAAGGUGCCAAGGGAAUACGGACCCUUUUGUUUGCUUUGAUGAUGUCACUUCCAGCCCUUUUCAACAUCGGACUUCUGCUCUUCCUCGUCAUGUUCAUCUACGCCAUCUUCGGCAUGUCAAGCUUCGCCUACGUCAAGAAAACAGAUGGCAUCGAUGAAAUGUUCAACUUCGAGACGUUCGGCAACAGCAUGCUUUGUUUGUUUCAGAUAACGACGUCGGCGGGCUGGGACGGUCUUCUGGCGCCGAUGCUCAACACCAAACCACCCGACUGCGACCCGAAUAAAACCUUUACCGGCAGCAACGUUAAGGGCGACUGCGGAAACCCUGCCGUCGGCAUUUUCUUCUUCGUCAGCUACGUCAUUAUAUGUUUCCUGGUUGUGGUGAACAUGUACAUCGCUGUAAUCUUGGAGAACUUUAGCGUGGCCACAGAGGAGAGCGCCGAACCUUUAAGCGAAGACGACUUUGACCGAUUUUACGAGGUUUGGGAAAAAUUCGAUCCUAAAGCUACGCAGUUCGUGGAGUACAGAAAUUUGUCCGAAUUCGCCGACACACUCGAUCCUCCUCUGCGUAUUCCCAAACCCAACAGACUGCAACUGAUAUCCAUGGAUUUACCAAUGGUGAGUGGAGAACGAAUACACUGUCUGGAUAUUUUAUUCGCUUUCACCAAACGUGUACUCGGCGAAGGGGGUGAAAUGGACGUCCUUCGUGGGCAAAUGGAAGAACGCUUCAUGGCCUCCAACCCCUCCAAGGUUUCUUACGAGCCCAUCACAACGACCCUACGCAGAAAACAUGAGGAUAUGUCAGCCGCCGUGAUCCAGAGAGCCUUCAGGACGCACAAAAUCAGGCAUCACAUGAAGAAGGGCAGUAAUGCGCUCAGAGAGAUCAAACACCAAAAUGGAAAGGUCCCGAGAAAAGAGUCUGUAGUCAACGAGAAUUUUAACGAUGUUGCGAUUUCGGAAAAUUCCGACUUGACACCUUCCACGUCCUCUCCGCCGUCGUAUGACAGCGCGGCACCGGACGGCAAAAACAAAUACGAGACGGAUAAGCGUGAGAGAGAAGUAAAAGGUAAGGACAACGCAGGGAAGAACGACUGACAUUGACGUUUCGUUGACGACAACAAUUGUUUACAACUUUUCAAGGUUAUCUGUAAUGGCAGUCAUCGGCGUGCGUUUCGAUGCCGUUCUGCCUGAGCAUACUUGAACUUUGUGCCUAUUCUGGAGCUGUGAGUAACUGAGUUAGGCAGUGACGCUGCUAGGUUAACCGUUUCACUCGCUGGCUAAAUAUGGCAAUGGACCAAACGCUGUUGAUAAAGUCUGUUUUGGUCUGUCUAGUGUGCUGUGCGUUUCAGGGUUACACCCAGUGUCUUGCAUUUUUAUGCCAUUUCUUGUACAAUCUGUGUUUUUUGAAAGAAUUUAGUUUGUUUGAUUUUUCUGCUUGAUUGUCUGCGAUAUGUUGCAUUUUCCAGGGUUGACCAAAAAGCGAAAAUUUUAUAUUUAAUUAGUAUUUGAAUUGAAUCAGCUACGCCACCACACAAGACGUUUAAUUGACAAUGCGACUUAAUAGAAUAUAUUAAGAAAUUUCGAUUGGUCAUUCAUUAAAGGUAACGUUUAGAAGGAUCUCUAUACAGAAAUGCAAUAUAAAAUACAUAACUAUAUUAUCAGUGGUGUAUAAAGACCUAACACAAUGAACUGUAUUGUUUUUAUUACCUUAGAACAGUGCUUCUCAAAUAGUGGGGCGGGACCCCCAGUGGGGGCUCGAAGCGACACCAGGGGGGGGCGCGCGGACCCCGGGGAAAAUACUUUUUCAGGAAGUGAUUUUUUUUGCACCGUCACUUAAAGACAUUACACCCCAAACACGCUGAUAAGCUGCUUGAGUUUUUUAUUAUUAUUUAUUGAUUCUAUUUAAUUUAAUUUUUCAGUAUCAAAUGGUCAAAAAAUAUGCUGUAAAUAAUGAUUGAUUUUUUUUAUUUCAGGCAAAUUGAUGCAUUUUAAGUCUUUUCAGUUACAGACUAAAAAAUGUUAAUAAAGUUAUUCUUUGUUGUAGUUGAUUGAUAUUUUUUUUGUGUGUUUUCUUUUAUGUUAAUAAGGAUACAAUGCUUUGCAGAUGUGUCAUAUUAUAGACAAAUUACACUAUUUACAGUCCCGGCGGAGAGUUGGGGGGGCGCAAAAUGUUUACUUCUUCCUGGGGGGGGGGGGUGACAGAAAAUAAUUGAGAAGCACUGUCUUAGAAUGAGACGUUUUAUUUCCAUACACCGCGGAUCCCCUUACAUGGAAGUCGCCACUUAGCGCCGUCAUUUCGCGUCGCCAUUUCGCGUUUUUUACAGUAGCCCUAAACAGACAAACUGCUCUAGAGAGCGUUUCGUCACUACAAUGUCUCGGACGACAACAUGUUUUUCCCGUGGCGCUAUCGUAGCUUCUCUACACGUUUCGAAAGGUAGGGACUGAGCUGUUGGUUGCAAUUCACAGUCCCACUGCUAGAUGCCGCUAAAAAUCUACAAAAUGGACCUUUAAUACUGUAUAACUUUUCUGAAAAUACCCCAUAUGCUGUGUGCGUCAUGUUUGUUGCUAAUUCGUACUGAAUAUAUAUUGUUUAAAAAAAUAUUGAUUUUUGGAUUGUAAUUUUACUUCCCGUUCGCUACCUCAAUUCAAAUUUCGUUUCAAUUCAGGAAGUUUAGCAUUCCUACACCUUUAGUUCUGGAUGUCGUUGUUUUAAAUGUUUUCCUACAGACCAGAGGUUGUGCUUGUUGGUUUUCAGUAGAAAUUUUAAUUGCAUGAAAGACUUUUCCCAACUCGGAAUUUCAGAAUGGCUGACUGCCUCUCAGGUGUCUCUUAACAUGAUAGAAAGCCAUUCGUUUACGUGCCUUCCCUACAUCUGAAACGGCAAACGUCCUCUUUCCUGUGAGAACUGUGCAGUUUAUAAUUUCAGUCGUUUCUCUGCCGUCUCACUUUAAGAGGGUUUGCUCGUGCAAAAGCUUUAAUGUAAAUUAUUCCCAAAAUGUAUGUGGAGUCCUUGCUUUAUGUGUUAAAGCCAACAGUUUGUUGGCCUUUAUGUCUUUGUGAUUUUUAAAAUCAAAACGGUUCUUUGUGCGUGUAAAAUAUUUUUUAGGGAUAUGCAAUCUGUUGCAUACGUCAUACACCAUGAAUUAUAAUCUAUAUAGAGAAUGUGAACGGUUGCAAGAUUUAUGCAUCUCCAUGGAGCUACAAUACAAAUGACCAAAACAGGACUGAAAUUAUAUGGGACAUGUAACCAUUGUGAUUGUUUAUGCUGAAAUGUUAUUGUCAAAUAUUACUAUUUGAUUUGUAUUAUGCAUUUUUGUUUUUACAGAUAACAUUGUAAGAAAUGCGUGUUUGUAGUGUUUUGGUUUACUGUGUGAAGAAAGGAGCAAAACUCAAUGCAAUUACAUUUCUGUUAUCAAGUGACUGUUGUUUUAAGUUUAUUCGGCGUACUGAUCGAUCUUUAUGAUGUCAGAAGACACAGUUGGUCACGAUCACAAGACAUUUCUGCGUUUGUUUACAUUUUUAUAGCUAUGAAUUGUAUCACUUUUGUUUCAAAGAGACUGGGUUCCUUUAAGGAGCCUUAAACACUGUAUAUUUGCUCCAUGUGAAUGUGUCCAUGUCAUGUAUUGAGAAAAUGAAAUGAAUUAUAGGUAUAUUAUGAAUUUAUAUCAAACAAAUAUCAAAUUAGCAUACGACGGAAGUCAGUAGCUUUUUUAUGCAUCAUGCUUGUAGUCUGUGAGUUAAACUGCAUGCAAGAUAUUGCUAUAGGUCUGCUCUUCAAGCCAGAAUAAUAAACUCAUCAUCACAUACCUCAUA